AGCCAAUCAGAACACACCAUGUGUAAACAUGGCGUCUGACUUGAAGUUGAGAUGUGUGGUGCUCCUGCUCUAUACAUGUUUGCUGUGUAUAUUAGCGACUGACAGUAAAGUUAAGCCCAAAGUAAAGAAGGACAUCCGAGACUACAAUGAUGCAGACAUGGCACGGCUCCUGGAGCAAUGGGAGGAGGAUGAUGACAUUGAGGAAGGCGACCUUCCUGAGCACAAAAGGGCUCCGCCUCCCAUUGAUUUCUCCAAGGUGGACGCUUCCAAACCAGAAGAUCUUCUCAAGAUGUCCAAGAAAGGCAGGACUCUGAUGGUUUUUGCUUCAGUGUCAGGAGAUCCAACUGAAAAAGAGACCGAGGAGAUCACAGGACUAUGGCAGGGGAGCCUCUUCAACGCCAACUUUGAUGUUCAGAGGUUCGUGGUGGGCUCCAACAGGGUGAUCUUCAUGCUGCGGGAUGGGAGUUUAGCCUGGGAGGUCAAGGACUACCUUGUUGCUCAGGAACGCUGCAUGGACGUUACUGUGGAGGGCCAAGUGUUUCCAGGGAAAGCUGCCAAAAAGGAUGAUGCUAAACACAAACAGCAGAAUGAAGUCAACACCAAGAACAAGGGCAAGAAAAAAACGGAGAGCAAGAAGGCUGACAUAGAGGGAAACAGAGCCAGCAUCAAACAGGAGCUGUGAUGGAAUUGAACAGAAUGAGAGAUCGGAGUUUCUAGUCAUUUUCUUCCUGAUCAAUGUGUACUGCGGCACCACAGGAAGAUGCAGUGGUAUGAAUGAACUAAUAAAUCCUGUUGGGUACACUCAGCUUUGACCGGCCAGCUGGAAUCAUCAGUGAUUUGUCUUUUCCCCUCCUGCCUCUCACUGGAUCAUGGUGCAAUGACAAGUACAUGAUUAAAAUCAUCAGUCUAUGUCUGAGUGCUGAUAAACUCUUUAUAAUCUUUUGUAAUGUAAUGCUGUCUUGAUUUCUGUUUGAUUAUCAUCACAAAAAAGCAAGCACAUGCUAAUGUUGUUGAAAGAUACUCCAAGUAAACAUUAUUAAACUUUUGUUUUUGGUGGCAACAUUUUGACAUGUUUAGCACAGUUUUUUUUUUUUUCUGAUGCGGAAAUGGAGUCAUUCAUCAGACCGGUCAGUCCCAGUCGCUUAUCCGUUGGUCAUGUACACCAGCACUUCAAUAUUUUAUACAAAAGUAGCACUUGCGAUUUCUGUUUGAUUUUUCACUGAGUAUGAAAAUAAACAUUUUUGGUAUGA